CACGAAAAGAAAAGCCUCUUCGCUCCUCGCUUGGCGUCUGCUGCCACUUGCACGCUGCACCCCAGGCGGCACAAUGGCGUGCUGUGGCCUAUCGACACACCCUCUUAUAAGCUUAUACGCAAACUGGCGGUCUGCCCGCCGCCGUGCUCUGGCGACUUUGGCCUAGCGAGACGCCAAGGGAGCGGAUAG